UUUCCAUUUUGUCGUGACGAGUACGGUAGUGUUAUAUUCCAAGCGAAAAAGAAAAAACACUGUCAGACAGCGAGCAGGGCAUACAUUUAAUAAUGAAUUGUUAAAACGAUAGGUGCGCGCCGAAGUAAUAUUGCGUAUGUUCUACGACCAGUUCAAACAGUUAACAAACAACGUUAUUUUUUUAUAACAAAUUUAUGCGUCGUCGUCUGCUGCUGCUCAAUCGUUAAAAAGUGCGUGGAAAAGUGUACGAAACCAAUACACGGAAAGUGGGACAGCCGAGCGCUGCGCUUGUUGGUGUAUGUGCGCUGUGUGUACUGUGUGUGUGUGUGUGUAUAGUGUGUAUGUUUGUGUGCGGUGUGUACUGUGUGUGUGUGUGUGCGAGACGAGUACAAGUACGGGUAAUUUGUACCGACUACAGUCUCACGUCAAUGUGUACGACAAUGUUUUUUUUUGUAUAUUAAAUAAAUAGUACGAAAAAGUGCAACGAAAUGUUUACAAAGUGUGCAAAUAAAAACAAAACAUGCUCCAUGUCUUAACACACACCGACAAAGACACGCGCACACCAAUAUACACGCGAAUUGCAUGCAAAGAGAAGGCGCUCAACUUCUACUCCAUCUUCUUUUGUCUGACGUUUUGCCGCAUGGCAAAAGCAAACCGCGUUUUGGUGUGGAUAAAGGAAUAAAGCAAUGAAUGAUUUACGCCAGCAACAGGUACAGGUAGCAGCAACAUCAUCCUCAGUUAGCCUGGCAGCAACGCCUCUCUGCUCCAACAGCUCCACGAGCAGCACCAGCAGCACAAGCAGCAGCAGCAACAGCAGCAGCCACAACAACAUCAACAGCAACAGUUCCAGCGCCAGCGUCAGUCCACGUUCCAGUUCCAAUUCGAAUUCGAAUUCGGAUUCGAGCAACGGUUCCAACUGCAAGUCAGCCAUAGCGACGACGACGACAGCAGCAACAGGCGGCGGCGGCAGCAGCAGCAGCAGCAGCAGUGUCCAGCGGCAGCAGCUGCAGCUACAGGAAGAAGAGGAGGACCAGCAGCAGGUGGUUAGCUCUACAUCGUCGCCGGCACAGCGACAGCAACAGCAACAGCAACAACAAUUGAAUGUGUCGACAGCAGCAACAGCGCAGCGCCAACAACAACAGCAGCAACGCCAGCAGCAGCAGCAACAUCAUCAGCAGCAGCAGCAGCAGCUGGUGGGUCAAAUAACCAGCACCACAGCAUCGCCGCCGCAGCACAGACUGCGCGACGAUGCGCAGCUGCCAAAUAGCCCAAGCAGCAGCAGCAACAGCACAGCGCCAACAACAGAAACAGCAGCAACAGCAGCAGCAGCAGCAACAAGCGAAGCAGCAAUGGCUGCCACAGCUUUAGAUGUGAAUGGCGAAGAUAACAAUAGCAGCAGCGGGAGCAGCGGGAGCGGGAGCGGCAGUCACAAGCUGAUACUGAAGCUCUCGAAGCACGGCAGCCAAACAACCGAAUCUCUGGGGGUUAACGAUGAGCGACGCGUCGAGCCGCUGCGCAUACAAUUGCCCGCACAGUUGCCGUCUACAAAUGCGUCUCAACUGUUGCAGGGCAUGGUUGGGCAGCCGGUUGUUGUGCCGAAGUUAACGAUAAGGCCGUUGAAGGUGCAGCAGCCGGAUAUGGCAACAAAUUCGGAUGCAUCGUCAUCGUGCUCGUCCUCGUCGUGCGCCGAUGAGGAACAGCAACAGCAGCUGCCGCAUAUUGUGCCCAAGCUGACGAUACGCGCCGCCAACGAGGAGCGUGUCGGCAGCGUGGUGCCCAAGCUCAUCAUCAAGAUGCCCGAUGCGGGCGGAGGAGGAGGAGGAGGAGCAGCUGGAGGAGCCGAAGCCAGCAAUUGCCAUAGUCCAAUGAAAACAAUUGCUGCGCCCGUGCCCAAGCUGACCAUCAAAACGACCAAAUUGGAUGGCGGCAACGAGACGCAGCUGAUCAGCUGCAGUCUAUCGCCAGCAUCGGCCGCAUCCAGCUCAUCGGCAUCCAGUUCAAGCUACUCCGGCGGCGAACAGACGCCCACGGUGCCCAAGCUGAUGAUCAAGACAACGCACGCCGGCAGCAGCUGCAUCAGCAGCGACGACCAGCAGCAGCAGCAGCAACAACAACAACAAGUAAUACCAAAGUUAACCAUCAAGACGGGCGGCAACCAGGAGCUGGUGCAGCUGCAGGCGCAGCACACGGUGAUCAUGACGCACGAUGCCAACAAUGCGCAGUCCAUACCCAAGCUGACCAUCAAAACCAAGUCAAUUGAGCUGGAGGAUGAGGAACAUUUGCAGCAGCAGCAGCAACAAUUGGUGCCCAAGCUGACCAUCAAGACGAACAACAGCACCGAUCAGCAGCAGCAGCAGCAGCAACAGCAGCCGCAUCUUAAGCUGACCAUCAAGAAUCUGUGUUCGCCCAAGCACAAGGUGCGCGCCGUGCUGGAGGAGAAGAUCAACAGCUACUCCAGCUCAUCCUCCAAGCUGACGCUGACCAAUGGCGGCGACAUGCCCGCAGCGGCAACUGUUGCAGCAGCAACUGUUGCUGCUGUUGAGAGCGAAGCGGAUGAGCUGCGUCGCAAUUCCGAUGAUAUGGACAUUGAUGAUGCGCUCUCCAAGGAGCAUGAUCCCAAAAUGUUUCACAAUCUGCCAGCGCCGGCGCACAGCAGCAAUGGCAUUGCACAGCAGCAGCAACAGCAGCAGCCGCAGCAGCAGCAACAACACAAUAUUGUGGACAUGGUGGAUCUGACCUCGUCGCCCUCGCCGGGCAACUCGCCGGCGCAUGUCAACAGCAAUAACUACACAGGAGCAACAAUAAAUCGCGGCCUGUCCACAGCUCAAUCGCAAAAUCUGCUGCUCGAGUGUCUGCAAAUGCAAGCAGCAGCAGCAGCAGCAACAACUGGCAGCAAUAUCAGCAGCAACAAUAACAACAACAACAACAACAGCAGCAGCAGCAGCAGCAAUCCCGCCUCGCCCAACUCCAAUAUACUGCUCAGCCAGCUGACAGCGCCGCCAAAAAGCUUCAGCAACAAUUCGACAGCUGCCUCAAAAUAUCCGCAGCUAACCGAACGUCUGAUGGCCAAUGGAGCAGCAACUGUUGCUGCAACUGUAGCAGCAACUGUUGCUGUUGCCGCCGCACAGCAGCCGAUUAUCGAUUCCAUUGAGAUUCUGGACACGCCCGAGGGCAGCCCGCAUUCACAAACGACGCAAAGUGCCUACGAGUCGGAGGAGACGCAGCUCGGCAAUCAUCUGAAUCACAUGAAUCUUAAUCGAAAUCGAAAUCGAAAUCUAAAUCACAAGCCAGACAAUCAGCAGCAGCAGCAGCAGCAGCAACAACAGCAGCAGCAACAGUUGCAGCUGCACAACAACAACGAGAACCAUUUGAAGCGACAGCAGCAACAGCUGCAGCUGCAGCAGCACCAGCAACACCUACAGACCGAGCCAGAAUCUCCCAGUGGCCUGCCGCCAAGUAAACAGCGGCGCCUGGACAACAAUGAAAACGAUCAGCAGACGCACAACUGCAGCAAUGACACGCCAGCAACAGUUGCUGCCGGCGCAACAGCAGGAGCAGCGGGAGCAGCAGCAGCGGCAGCGGGAACAGCAGCAGUAACUGGACAACAGUCAACGCAUCGCAGUCGCAAGCAGAAACACGAGCGCAUACUCAACACAGAGCUGGAGGAGGCACAGCAGCAGCCGGCGGCGCACAUGGAACACGCGCUCAGCAAUGGCAGCCUGCUGCUGGCCGAGGAGCGUCUGGCGGUGGCAACAGCGGCGGCGGCGUCUGUCUACAGCGAGAAGCAGGAGGCGCAUGUGUCGGCGCCGGCGGCCGGCACAGGGACACCACUGCCGGUGAGCACGGUCAGGCGGCGGGGUCGACCCAAGCGCAAUGCCAACGAGCUGACGCCCGCACCGGCACCGGCAUCGGCAUCGGCAACGGUAACGGAAACCCUGCUGGAGGCGGACAGUGCGGUGCAGUCGCGACGUGUGCAGCUGUUGCGCAAGCGUUUGGCCAUCGACAUGGUCAGUGCGGAGCAGCCGGAGCUGCUGGCAACAGCGCACCAUGCGGCAACCACAACGGACCUCAAUCCCGGCGAGGAGGCUGCCGCACAGCAGUUGCUGGCGGCGGCGGCGACGGCGGCGACGACGACGGCUUCGAUGACAACGCCGACGCGACGCAACGAGCAGCGGCCGCUGCGCGCCACGCGACGCAGUGUAGCCACACCAGGCGGAACAGCAGCCGGCACAGCAGCCGGAACGCCAGCAAAAGUAACGCGCAAGCGUCAAAGCAAAGCUGCAACAGCUGCUGCUGCUGCUGCUGCUGCGGCGGCUGCGGCGGCGACAGCAGCAACAGUUGCUGCUGCUGCUGCGAUGAUGCCGCGCUUUGGCGGCAACACGACCGUGGAGAGCAACAACAAUGGCAUGGCCUAUGCUCUGGCAACACAAAUCGAUCUAACCAUGUGCUCAUCCUCAUCCUCCACCAGCAAUGGCAGCGCCGCAAUUACAACAACAACAGUUGCUGCUGCUGCUGCGGCGGCGGCGGCGUCGGCGGCGGCAGCAACAACUGUGGACAGCAGCAAUUGUUCCAUGCUGCCGCCAACAACAAUAUUAUCCUCCUCCGAUCCGCUGCCGGAUGUCAUCUUUCAGCCCAACGAUUUCUCAUCCCUAACAGCCACACAGCAACUGCGCACCAACAACAACAACAGCAACAGCAACAACAGCAGCAACAACAGCAACAACAACAGCCAGCAUGAUUCGCAGGACGAGGACAACUACAGCGCGCUGGAGAACUCGGGUGAUGAAUCCUCGACCCCGGGCCAACUUUUGAGCGGCUUUGGCAGCAGUCCGGCGGCGCCUGUUACUCCAACGCGCGGACGCGGACGUGGACGCGGCUCUAGGGGUGGCGCCGGCGGCUCCUCCUCCUCAUCCGGCCGCAACAGCACAAAUAAUGCGGCACAGCCGCGUGUGCCGCGCAUGAGUCGAGGCGCCAGCGCCGUGGCCAAGGCCAUCGCCCAGAGCCGGCCGAGAUGCGUGGGUGGACUCAAGCACCAGCCGGAUCCGGAGCGGCUCAAGGGCUUCUUUAGUCCGUCGCCGCAGGUGUUCGAGGAGGACACACGCAUGAGCGCCGAUCUGAAUAACAGCAAUCAAUCGGUAACGAGCAUGGAACCGCCGCUCACGCCACAAAAGCAACCGGACUUUCUCAACAACGAGGAGUCGCAAUCGUCCAUGUUGAGCGGCGUCAGUUUAUUGGACUCGAAUCAGGGUCAAUCUGUGGACGCGAUACUCGGUUCGGCACUGAAGCGACCCAAGAAGAAGAAAAUGGAGAUUUGCGUCGCCGAAGAUACGGAUUUCAAGGCAUCCAGCAUUGCGGAAUAUGAUUGGCCGCCGCCGAAGGGCUGUUGCCCGUCCAAGAAUCGCGACACCUUCAUGAUACAGGAACAGGUGGCCCUCUAUUUGGGCAUCACCAGUUUUAAGCGCAAAUAUCCCGAUUUGCCGCGUCGCGCCGUCGACAUGGAGGAGCGCAAUUGGCUGCAGGAGAAGGGUCUGGUCAGCGAAAAGAUGUGCGAUCUGGGCAUCACCGCGGUCUGGGCUUCCGACAUACUGGACAUCAUGUAUGCCGACUUCUAUGACAAAUACGAGGAGUACAAGGAGUACAUACGCCAGAAGCAUCUGCGCGACAUCGAGGCCAAACAGAAGGCUCUCGGUCUGACUGUCGGCAAUGGGCGUGGCUUGCAGGCACGCGAUCGCGCCAUGCUCUCCACCAGCAAAUGGAAUGUGUACUUCAACAAGACGCGCAAGGAGGAGCGUGUCGCCUGCCUGGAUCUGCAAACGUUCACCAUGAAUUUGCCGGUGCCGCGCACCGCGGCCAGUUCGACCCUCUUGCAUCGCUCCAUCACGAAUGUGGUGCGUGAAGCUGCACUGGCAGAGAAUAUGCCGGUGCCGCCGCAGCUGCUGGCGCCGCGGAUCUACGAUGCCGCCUACCAGGACUCCGAUUAUGUCUAUCCGCUGGCCCUGGUGCCAGGCCAAUUUACGUCCAACUAUCGCCGGCUAACGCCUGCCGAGCUGAGGGCAUACCCGCUGAAUAUAGCGCUGGAUAAGCCGCCGAAGCAGCAGGAGCAGCUGCUGCUGCUCGAGGGCGUCAAAGCUACGCAAACGAAAGCGCAGACAGCGGCGCUGCGGCGCAGUCAGCGCUCGCGACAUCAGCGCAACAAUGAUCCGGCCAAAACAAGCAACGCCUCCGACGCCAGCGGCAGCAGCAGCAGCAGCAGUGAAGCCAGCAGCAGCAGCGAAUCUGACAGCGACGCGGACAGCGACAGCAGCUGCAGCAGCAGCGCCAGCAGCCACAGCAGUCGCAGCAGCAACAGCAGCACCAGCAGCAAUAACAGUUCCAUUAACUCCGCCAGCGAAACUGAGCAGAAACGCGAACAGGAUGCCAGAUUGUCGUCCAAUUGCGGCGUCUGCCAGCGCACACAGCAUCGCAAUGCGAGAAAUAUGCCCGAGGCCUUUAUACGCUGCUACAGCUGUCGGCGCAGAGUGCAUCCCAGCUGCAUUGAGAUGCCGCACCGGAUGGUCGGACGUGUGCGCAACUACAAUUGGCAGUGCGCGGAUUGCAAGUGCUGCAUCAAAUGCGGCAGCAGCCAGCAGCCGGGAAAAAUGCUCUACUGCGAGCAAUGCGAUCGCGGCUAUCACAUUUACUGCCUGGGCGUCAAAACGGUGCCCGAAGGUCGCUGGAGCUGUGAACGCUGCUCGAUUUGCAUGCGCUGCGGCGCCACGCGCCCGGAGGGUCUGCCGCAGGCGUCGCUGCUGUCGCCAGGUGGCGGUGGCGUCGGCGUCGGCAGCGGGGGCGAGAAGUGCGUGAAGCCAGUUAAACACAAAAAGGUCAAAUGGAUGAACGAGUAUCGCAUCGAUCACAUCACUAAGCUGCGCGAACACUGCGCCAUGCUCUGCGUGCCCUGUGCACGUGCCAAGCCCACCAAGCGAACGCCGCCCACAACGCCCAACAGCUGCGGCGUCGGCGUCAACGUCAACGUCAGCAGCGGCAGCAACAGCAACAAUAGCUGCGCACAUUCGCCAACAUCAUCGGCUGCGCAGUUGCCGCUGUCAGUGCAGGCAAAUGGCACGACAGAUGCAGCAGCUGCGCUCAGUCCGAGAAGCAGCAGCAGCAACAUGGCGCCGCCGCUGGCAGCAGAGGCAAUUCCGUGCGGCAGCAUCCUGCCGCCAAUUGGUGGCAAGCGAAUGCCACAGCAGGCGCUAAACAGAAACCAGGACAUGGCAAUAAUGCAGUCCACCAGCAGCAGCAGCUUUAAUGAUGCGUCGACAGCAGCAGCAGCAGCAACAAUAAUUGCGACAACAGCAACGCCCGCCAACAGCAACAGCUCCAACUCAGUCGCAGCAGCAGCAGCAGCAGCAACAGUUGCUGCAACAGCAACAAUAACAACAACAGUUGCUGCAACAGUAACAACAACAGCAACAACAGCCACAGCCACAGCAAUUGGCAUAGCUCCGCCGCCGGUUGUUGCCUGAGUGGGGGUUAUACGUUAUUGUGCCAAGCGCACUUUAACGGACUUGUAGUAAGCGCGGGUCGCCCCCCCCCCCCCCCCCCCCCCUCAUCCCCCUCCCUCACACCUACCAAUCCCUCGACCAAUCCUAAGCCAGCAGCUCUGCCUAAAAAGCAAACCCCUCCUAUACCUCUACCCCACACAUCUACCCACCACACACCUACACACCACACAUGUACCCACCACAUCUACACAUCUACACCCCACACACACACGCAAGUGCAUAGUAUUAACAAGCAAAAACACAAGCUAUUUUUGUAUAUGUAUGCGGUUGGGCGUAUGUUUAUUGAUUAUAUAUAUAUAUAUUAAUGCAAUUUUUUUUUUGUUUUAUCUUUAAUUGUUUUAUAUUCAUAUAAAUACAACUUAAUUUAAUGCCCACAAUAAUUAUGUUACUUAAGCGAACGCAAGAUAAAUAUGUUACGGACACAUGACAACAAAAUGAUCAACAAAUUUAUGUUUAUGCCUAAGUUGAGUUUGUUUAAAUUAGCGAUUAAGUAAUAAUACACACACACACACACACACACACCAACACACGAACACACCGACAACAAACAUACAUACACUUGGAGUUUCUUAGCUGCAUUUUAGUUAAUUUAACUUUUUUUAAUUUUUAAAUUGUAUGCAAAACUUUUGGCGUUGCCACAUGCCAUUUAAUAAGUGCAACAGAGUCGUCUGGCAACGUAUUUACCGUUGGCGCGCGUGCUUUUGCACUUUCUUAACUCUCAUAACAACCUCUCUCUUCCUUAUGCUCAUUCUCUUUGUUCCUCAUUCAUUACACACACACACACACACACUCUCACACAUGCAUACAUCGCCUCUACUGUUAAGACAUCGCAUAUUGUGUAUUCUUCUUUUGUGUUUGUGUUUCGUUUAUAAUAAUUAAAUAUUUAUAUAUCGAAACAAAUACAAAAACAAAAAAAAAAAAAACAAUUAUGUCUAUGUACGUCGUUAGCCUAUAAAAUUGUACUAUACGAAUAUAAAUAAGCUACAAAAUAAA